GAGCGGGAAGGACGGCUUCGGGAGCAUUUUCAGCAACAUAAACUCAUGGCAGCUGCAGAAACUGCUCAGGGCUGCCGGGGACCAGGAUGCAGAUCAAAGGGCCCAGCUGGUUUGGGGCUCUGAUUUGAGGCAGUACUGGCUCUUCAGCAAAGAGGGUCAACGACCAAUAGGAGGGAUUGAAUGGGAUCACGCUGAUUUGUGCUUUCAAUCACCUCAGCAUUUUAUUAUUAUAGUUGAAAAUAUGUUGCUCAGGAUUGGGGAGAACUCACCAAGCAGCCAGAGGAAGAAUAAAGUGAUGCUGAUGCAGAAGCAUGAAUA